AUGUCCAAGCAACAGCAGCGGAAUCAGCAGAAGCGCGCGGCCAAGAAGGAAGCCAAAGCGGCCGAGGAGGCUGCCGCCGUUGCGGGUGCAGGCUCCCGGAUAAGCGCGUCAAUCACUGCUGCCGAUUUAGUUCAGAGCGGUGAAUCCCUGGUCUUGGGUUCCUGCAUCGCGCAUUACGCCCCGAAGCUGCCGGAUCUUCUCAAAGAGAACGGCGAGGACGCCACCCAAGAGAAAGCAAAGGAGCCAGCUGAGGAGAAGGAGUCCGCAGAAGCGGAGGCCGAGCGCUCGGGCGCCGGCUCCCCGUCGGACGCCUUCGCCGAGCUGACGACCCGCUUGGCCUGGUCCAACCCGCUGGGCCUGGCGCGUCCGCUCAGCGGCGAGGACGCGAUCGCCCAAUGGAAGGCGCUCAGCCAGUUGGAAGUGGAUGGGGGCCCACGGAAGAGCAAGCGAGGAAGUCCAAGCAUGGACAAGAUCAUGGCCAACUUGUCGGAAUUUCUGCCGCAGUACCUCCACAUUUUGCUCGUGCUUGGGAUGCUCCACGCCUUCUUGUUCCGGUCAUAUUUUGCAUGUCUACCUUGGCUGGUCCUGUGGCAGACGGUGUCCCUCUUGGUCCCACUGGAGACCUUGGAGCAGGUGCCACAAGUCCCUUUGAGCCAGUGUCCGGUGAAGUUCCGUGUGGCCGGGACUGUGGCGCUACAUGCACUGAUGCUGCUCUUCUUUGUCUUCGAGCUGAUUUGGUGCAUGAACUUCUUGGUCAAAAUUUUGGUCUUCGGCUUGCUUACCUUGCACGCUCAUUCCGUGAAGCCCAUCGCUGUGGGUGACCUUCCGACGGCCGAGCAGCUCUUCGGUCGCCUGGAGGAAUGGCAGCUGCGGCCGGACGCCGGGCAGCCUGAGGAGCUUGGAGAGAGAGCCAAAGAUGCAGCAUGUAGGUUCUGGGCCAAGGGAAAAUGCACCAAAGGCACGGUGAUGGCGGCCGCCCAGCUGGACCUCACUGAGCCGGAGCGAUUGACGGCGGCCCGGGGACCGGAAGAGAUGGAGGGAAGAGGUUGCUUCCCUGCGCUGGGAGGCCAAGAGGCAGGUAGAAGACACUCUGACGAGUGUCAGUUCCUGAUGCGCAAAGAGUUGGAGUUCGAAGUGAAGAAAGCGAAGAUCUUUGUCAUGGGUCAGUGUCUGAACUUAGCCUUUGCCAUCGUUGUGGCACCCAACAAGAAGCCCGAAAAGAGCGACAAGAAGCGAAAGGCGCUCGAAGAUGCGGCUGAAGGGCUUAAGGCGGCCAAGGACAGGGUCAGCUUUUGGAUUUUCAACCCAGCACCGCUUUGGUACCGGCAGGUGCACCGGCACCACGUUGACAUGAUGAUCCACGCGAAACGACGACUGGAAAAGGCUGGCUAUGAGGUCGUCAGUGGCCUUUUGGCCAUCACCAACUCGGAGUUCGUGCGUCGGAAGAAAGACACUGAUCCCAUGGUCGACCAGCACCGUGUGGCCACCCUGCAGAUCGCCUGCGAGUCCGUGCGCGGAGGCUGGUUGAAGCCAGACCUUCGUGGCAUCAAGUAUUCCAGCGCCGGGCGGAUGGUGGAAACGCUCAGGGGGGAGAUCAAGGACGCCAUCAUUUUCACUGUGUGUGGCGCAGACACCUUGGUGAGGUUGUGCAGGAAUGGCUCAAAAUUCAAUCAGCCCAUGGUGGUCUUUGCACGCCCGGGGAUCAACAAUCAAGUGGUCAAGGACACCGUGAAUGUCUCCGAACAAGCAGGGUACCAGGUCUUCUGGAUGGAGGAGCUCAAAGGCGGACCCAUCUCCUCCGCGCGUGUGCGGCACACCUUGGCGGAGGAGAACGAGCCGCUGCUGUACCAGCUCUGCACUGAAGCAGUCGCGGAUUACUUGUGGGAGUUUCGGCAGGAGCUCUUCUCCGAGAACGCCGAGAACGCCGCCGCGCCGUACGCCGCCGCGCCGUACGCCGCGUCCCGCGCGACGGGCGCGACGCUGAGCAUGGACCGACCCGGUCCUCGCCAGAUCGAAGAGGCGCCGAGCCUGCUGGGUCUCGUGGUGGGCAUCUCAGGAGCCCCUUCGAGUGGGAAGAGCCUCUUAGGUGCUCAGCUUCAGAAAGCCUUGAGUGACCAGAACUUCCCCUGUAUACUCAUCUCACAACAGCAGUUCCAUCUGGGAGAUUCCGCUGGGAAGAACAGUUGGUGGUGGGAGAAUGGACGCUGGUUGGGCUAUUGGGAGUCUCCGGACGCCACGGACUGGCAGGCCCUGCAGCAGGCUGUGGUCAACGCGGCUGAAACGGAGACUUCCAUCGUCCUGGUUGAGGGCGGGGGUCUCUUCUGGGAGAAAGCAGUGAGUCAGAUGCUCCAAUGCCUGAUCUGGCUUGACCUGGAUGAAGAGACCUGUUGGAACCGCAGGGGCAGAACCUGCUAUCCACCAGGUUGGCGCCCCAAGCGCUACUUCAAAUGGCUUUGGGGUGGACACCAGGAGCACCAGCAGCUGGCCCUGGGAGCCCAGGGCCCUUUGGCACCUGGCUGCGAUGGACGCUCCAAACGCUUGGGUGCGAUGAAAUGCUUGGGGCUUCAUGGACUUGAUCAACCAGAGGCUUUGGUCUCACGUGCGAGUUCAGCGCUGCUGUGGUGGCGGCACCAGAAGAGAGAACCGCCUCCAGAGGCGGAAAUGCAAUAG